ACAGACCCCUCGCAUCGGGAGCUACAGUAAUCGAGGCGCCUCCUCUGCGCUCAGCUGUUGCCGCCGCUGCUGCUCCUCGUUCGCCGCUGCUGCUACUUGCUGCUCCCUCCACAAGGUGCCCCCGGAGCUUCAUCUUUAUCCUCCUCCCUUUACCCAGGUCCGACUGCUCCGGCUGCUGCCGCUGCGGGCACCGCCGGAGUCAUCGCCGGAGGAGCUGUCCUGUCACCGAUCCCGCACCCCGUGGCCACCCCGGCAGAUUCAUUCAUGUUGUUGUGAUCUGAAAGAGCAGAAAUGAAGACAGCACUGUGCUCCGCAGUCGCUGCUCUGUGUGCAGCAGCCCUCCUCUCCUCCAUCGAGGCUGAAGGUAACCUUCCCCUCCCUGCCCCCUUUCCCCGGUGCCCUGCUGACCAGCAAACCUCCCAAUCAACCUGGAGCUACCGGCUCUCUCCCUCUCCACUUUUGAGUGUAACUACUUUACUUUUUCUCUCCUUCAUAGAAACGCCUCUCCUUCCUUGCCCAGGUCCUUCUGUGCUCUCUUUCUCCCAGCUAGUCAGCUGGACUGUAACUCCCUCUCUCUGUCUCUCUGGUGUGCUGUCCACACCACCCCACUGACAGGACACAGGCCAGCCGAUGUGGCCGCUGGGCGCAGCGCCCCGAGGAACCCACUGCCACUGCUGCUGCCGGCGGGCAGCCCAGCACGGCUGGGGCUGUGGCGCUGCCCCCCUGACGGACCAAGAACGGCUGGUCUCUGGGCUUGUUUAGUAAUAUUGAGAGAGGAAACGGAAAACCCACCACCCAACAACCCACAGCUUUGAAAUAAAAUGCUCCAACAGAGUAUGGCUCUCUGCGCCUGUGUGUUUUGUCCAGCCGGACCCCUCGCCUCUGCCCCGCCGGCCUGCUGGUACAUCGGCCUCCCCUGCUCAGCGGGGCGACCCCCGGCUGAGCCUUGGGGUGGCCGGACCUUCCCUCAGUGACACUUCGACCUCUGCGGAGGGUCUGACCUGGGGAACGUGCCUGGGGAGAUGCUGCCAUUGCCAUGUCAUGUGUCCUGGGUACUUCUGAAGGGAAGGCUGGGCCAGGCCUUUGUAGGGCAGCCGGGGCUCCAAGGCUCUGGCAUGCGUGUGGCCUUGUCACCUGCAAAGAGGCUUUCCUCCUCCUCCUCUGGCCCUGGCCCAGUCUCUCUGGAGGCUGAGGCCCCUGUUGGCCCUGGCAGUGUCCUGCCUUCAGCUGAAGGGUUGAAGACCUGGAGAGACCUGCCUUGGCCACCGCACUUGCUGUAGCGUGGCUCGAAAUGGCGUGGCCCUGGCACAUUUGCUCCGCAGCAACUGUGAGAACAACCUCCCCUGCACCCUCAGUGUGAGCUGCUUGGCUUUGGUCAUAGUCAUGGCAUUUCUGCCAGUGGUGGCUGCCAGGGGCAACAGAGAUGCCGAAUAUCCUGCACUGAAAUGACUUGAUCUGACCUCUGGGACCUGACUCCAUCAUAGGGUGAACCAAACCACUGGGUGUGAACUCCCUGGGAUUUACUGGAAAAAAAGCAGAAGCCAGCAUCUGAUAAUUCGUUCUUUUCUCCCUUCCUUCUCCUUCUGUCUUGAAUUGAAACAAAUUCCCUGAUCAUGGCCUGCCUGCCACAAGCUCCUGUGUCUGGACCUGGUCUCCUUGGCUGAUGGUUACUAAAAGCAUGGGGUGCCAGACAUGCCUUGGCAGUGUUUGCUGCCCCAGCAGCAGUGCUUGCUUGGGGCACACAGAUGGGAAGUACCCUGGCUUUCUGGAAAAAGAUGGCAUUUCUGUCAGUAGUGCAACAUCUGGUCACCCUAGGAGAGAAUCAGCCCACUGCCUUCCUCUUGUGCUACGUUGUUGUUGGCUAAGGAACCGAAAAAGGUCAUUUCAAGUCAUUUCAGAGUUGCAUUUGAAAUGCAGGACCACCGUGCCAGAGAAAGCAGAGAAAGAGUACAGUUUUGAUGAAAGGAGUGUAAUGGUUUGUGUGUUCUUCCCCAUCUUAGGAGGGAGCUUGGUUGGAGCUGGAGUACUGUUGCUGUUGUCCUGCCCUACUGAUUACACGUAGGGAGUGUGCUAUUUCUGAAAGUAAGUGAAGGUGUUUUAUUUAGCUGUAGCGUAGACUAAACCAGUCAUAGCUUCAAUACUGUUAAAAAAAGCUACAAAAAUCUAUUUGGAGCAGCACACAGUUAUUUUAUAACAGUAAAACUGGACACACUGCCAGACAAGCUGGCCUAACUUGUUUAGAUCCCGUGUGGAGGAUGCACUGUUGCUAAGCAAAAGAGUGGACAAAGCCUGAUCUUGAGAGUUGUAGAGCAGUCCUGGCCAGGACUUACAUAAACAGAAAUGUUUCUUAAAUAAAAUACCUAGUUUACAGUGAUCACAUUUCUAUGAGGGAAUUCUUCUAGGUUCAGAGUUUUUAAGUAAAAGCAGAAAAAUGUGUGGUUAAAAAAUUGUGGUGCUGAAAAUGGAAGGUCAAAACUAGAAGUACUUUAGGACUUGCUGUGGUAGGAACUGCUUUUGUAGAGCUUUUUGCAGUGCUUUUUGUUUGCACUAUACAAAAAGUCAUUCUUCUGCACUGUUUUAAUGUUGUUCUUCAAUUCUGCAUCAUUUUGUCGAUUGCAUGUUGGAUCUUAUUCACUUUAGUUCUGGUAUCAUUACAAAUUAAAUCCUGUCUACUGAACUGACUUUCUCCUGUGAACAUUAGUCCUUUAGUCUUUUUCCUAUUUUCAGAUCACUUUGUGGCAAAACUAUCCCCCCUUCCCCUCCCCAGAUCAGUCAAUCAGUCUUGUGCCUCUUUGUUUUGGCUCUCUCUGUGGCAUUCAUGAGAGAUGCAUUUUGAAUUUUCUUUCCCUCAGGUGUGAGUAGGCACUUGGUGUGAAGAAAAAGUGAGAGGAGAAUAAGGGAGAGGACCAUUUGAUGUGAUAAAGAUUGUUGAUAUGGGGUGGGAAGGUGAGGUGAAAGCAGAGAGAAGGAAAAGAUUAGUUCUAUUUUUCUGCCUUCCUUCAACUGUCUCUCCUGGGAGUAGAUCUAUCUGGUGUUUAUCUGAUGCUGCUGUUCAUAGAUUCCUGAAUCUUCCAGUAUGAAGCUGGUUCUUCAUCAGCAUCACAGCUGCUCUUAAGUCCUUUGUGAGAACUGUGGUCUGUUACUGUUGACAAGGCAGAGCUGCAGUAGUGGUGUUAGAGUUUUUCUACAGAGAUGCAGCAGCACAGGAUUUUCCAACUGGGCAGUCACUAGGAUUAGAGAGGGUAAAACCCACAUGUAGUCUAAAUUCAUGGCAUUUCAGUGGGGAAAUUGUUUACUCUGGUCAGGGCUGCAAAUCUGUUUUCAAGCUCAGAAUUUUUUCUCUUACAGUGAAAUUAUUGUUUUAUUUUGCAAUCCUUCUGAUCUCUUGCUCAGCUUAAACUUCCUGUGUGUGAUGCUAUAUUUUAUGCUAUAAGUUCUUUUGUGCCUUUUUAUUCUCUCUGCUAAAAUUUCUCUCUGUCACAGUAUUUUUUCCAUCUUUGAUCACAAAGAACCAGGGGUUCUUAUUUCAGUCAUAGUUAUGAGCCUCUAAAGGUGCUGCCUUUUCAGUUUUUCAGGAACUGGUUCAGACCUGGAAAAGUCUAUUGACUAGGUUGCAGGUAGGGAAGGAGACCAUCACUGAUCCAAGUGUGGGACUUUUGUAAAGUGCAUAAAAAGGUUUGUCCUGUGAAAAAUCUGUUACCAGGAUAUGCAGUAGAGUAAGUGACAAAUAAUUGCAGCACAGCAGUUGCAGAGGAUUACAGUUUCUCUUGUAAGAAAGCUUGUAUUGAGUACACUAAUUUUCAUUGAAUGAAUGAUUUAGAGAUGAUCUGGGAUAGCUGAAACUUGAAGUUAACCACCUAUCCAGCUUUAGAACUGGUUGGUGGAACCAUUAUUUUAUUACCUUUUGAUGUCUACUUUCUAUCUCUUGAGAAACUAGCUGUUGAUUUCUAAGUUCCUAGGAGAGAGAACCAUGUAGAUUGAUAUGUGAAACUGAAAUUUUUAUAUAUAUGAAGGUGAACUAUACCUCCCUGUUUUUCAUGCUGCUAGUUAGAAUCAAAGUGUACAUGCAUUUGUAGGUGUAUACACUCAUGCACAUACAUAUAUAUGCACAAACAUGCAUGAAAUUUGGUAAAUAUUCAUGCAUGCAGUGUAUAUCUAUGCAGUUGUGUUUAGUUACAUACAUCUUUAUAUGUAUAGAUAUAUAGAUUUAAAUGAGGUCUUUUUCAAAGUACAGUUAUGAGUUAUAGAUCUAUUUUGAAGAAAUUUCAUAUACAUGUACAAAAUAAAAAAAUGCAACAAUACAGAUGACAAUGUUUCAGUGUUGUGAUUGGCGAUGAAUAUCCAACAAGUCUGAGAAGCAACUCUUUACUACAUUUCUAGGCUGUAGCUCAUUCUUUCUCCCAGUUGCACUGGCCACACAGACUUCAGAGGAGCUUGACUGGGGUCAUGAUCUAGUUACUUGUGCCAAAUCCAUGCCAUUUCUGGAAAAAAUACGAAAUGAGGAGUUUGGGCAUCUUCCAGCCUCAGCAGGGCUUGUUGCUGUGACAGUAAGACUGGGCUUACUCUUCAGCUUCUGUAGAUUGUAUAUAUUUCAUGUUAUUUUAACAUGGGCUAACAUGUUAUUUCACAUGCUAAUCAUAGUCCAUCUUUUCCAGUGAGUGGAAUUACAAAUUUUGUUUCUCAUAGGGAUUGUGGAUGGCAGCUACUUCCAAGAUAUAUCACUUUUAAGUGUGGUUCUGGAUAUAAAUUAUUUGAGCUUCUGGUUAUAUUUUAUUUCUGUCUUGUUAAGAUAUUCACUGGAAUUCUCUAGCAGUCACACUGUGUUAUCUGCAAAAAGCUGUAGACUUUUGUAUAUUAGAUUUGUAUUACCUGUAAAGUAAUACAAGCUAGUAUAAGACCUGCGUAGCAUGAAAAAGAUGUUUUGCUCUAUAUUUUUUUGUUUCAGAAAAUAUACUCUUAUUACACAUGUAAAUAACACAAGAAAUGGCUAUGAAUUAAGUAUAUUAUGUCUGGUUGGUUUUUUGUUCGUUUAUUUUUUGUUUGGGGUUUUGUUUGUGGUUUUUGUUCUGUUUCGGGUUUUUUUGUGGUGCAUAGCAUAGACUAUCCAAUUAAGAAAAUUAUCAUAUCACAGUUCUGAGAGUGGUCAAAAUUAACGUAGUGUAAACAUUAUUGUUGUGCAGCAGGAUAUUUUUUACUACUCUGGAAAACUGUUAGGGAGCCAUGCAUUUCUGUGCAUCAACACUGGGAUCACUGUAUUAAGGCAAUACUAUAAUGCCAUCACAUAUUAUGAUCAUGACUCAAGUCAGUGAGAGGUGUGGCAUGGAUUUUGAUGGACACAGGAUGAACAUUGUCACUACACUGUAAGCAUUAGGUGCAACUUCACUUCUGCAAGUAGUCUGACAUCAGGACUGCUUGCUUGAGUAAAGCUGUGCUUGCAUGUCAGAUUUUGUAAAGUGAAGUUUUAAGGUUUGUCCCAGUAAUGGGGCAAUCUCCUACCACAACCAAGGUCAUUUUGUUCCUAGAACUCUGGUCUGAUUCAGUAUUGCAGAUGUAUUAUUUUUCCACUGGUGAAUUCCUUUCUGGAAGAAGAAUUUUAAUGAGGUCGAGUAACAGUUGCCCUAUUUUAUUAUCACAAUAAGAUUUUUAUCAUCUAAACAUUUUGCUGUACUUUGGCUCAGCUUACUGCUCUCAGUCAUAUGACCAUGGUUUGAUCUUCACCCCACAUAUGGUUUCAUUUGGGUGAAAUCUGACCCAUGUGAAGGUCCAUGGCUGUUUUGGAGAUUCUGUUUGAGUAUCAAAAGCUUACAGACCAUCUGGCAGAUAUUUUGAUGACAUUGGAUCCAAACUGCUCCUUUUUUUCACUCAGGCAAGGUUCCUUUUUGGAUUUGAAUGGGUGUAGUAUUCAUUGCUUGAGUUUGAUAAACCAGCCAUAGGUUGAGAAUGAAUGGAUUUAAAGUGCAGCAAUGAAGACUGGGGUUAGGUGUCAGGAAUAACUUUAUGAUGAUAAAAGCAGUGAGGCCUUCGGAGUAAUUUCUGUGGGAAGCUGGCAGUCUUGCCAAUAGUGGAGAUCUUUAAGAAUGAUCUGAGCAAACAUGUCAGAAAUGACUUGGGGUGGCUCAUCAUGUCUUGACUAUGGGAUGGAUGAGGAGACUUUCAAGGUCCCCUGCAAUGCCGUUGUUCUAAAGUGCUGUGAUGACCUGGAUGAACAGAUACGUCACUUGUGAAUUGAUGUACUAUUCUUGUUACCUGCCAAGAUCCGCAUCUGAAUUUUCAUAAAAUGAAUUAAAAUCCUUUAAGAUGUUAAAGACUUCCUCACAGUCAGCUUUUUCAGUUUAUCUGGAAUCCGGUCAUUUGGAUAUCAACAAGUUGGGCUGCUGCUGUCCUUCAGCAGUUAAAGCCUAAAGUCUCUGCUGCAACAUGCCAAUUUACUUGCAAGUUAAUCCACCAUCAGACUUGAAUUUUACAAUUAUAGAUGAACAUAAUGUUCAAAUGUCAUGGAAAAGGCCACCAGAUGCAAUAGUGGGUUACAGAAUAACUGUGGUACCAACAAAUGAUGGACCUACUAAAGAAUUUACUCUUUCACCUAGCACUACCCAAACUGUCUUAUCAGAUCUUAUACCCGAUGUAGAGUAUGUUGUAUCGAUAGCUUCAUAUGAUGACAGAGAGGAGAGUCUACCUGUUUUUGGCCAGCUGACAAUUCAGACAGGUGGUCCAGGGAUACCAGAGGAAAAGAAAGUUGAGGCUCAAUUACAAAGAUGCUCCAUAAGUGCAAUGACAGACUUAGUUUUCCUGGUAGAUGGCUCAUGGAGUGUAGGGAGAAAUAACUUUGGAUAUAUUCUGGACUUCAUGGUUGCCCUUGUAUCAGCUUUUGACAUUGGGGAAGAAAAGACAAGAGUUGGAGUUGUUCAGUACAGUUCGGAUACAAGAACAGAGUUCAAUUUAAAUCAGUAUUUGAGAAGUAGUGAUCUUAUUGAUGCAAUUAAAAGGAUACCUUACAAAGGUGGCAACACAAUGACAGGUGAGGCUAUUGAUUACCUGGUUCAAAACACCUUCACUGAGUCUGCUGGAGCAAGAAAAGGCUUUCCCAAAGUAGCAAUUGUCAUUACUGAUGGAAAAGCUCAAGACGAUGUAGAAAUUCCUGCAAGAGAGCUUCGCAACAUAGGAGUUGAAGUUUUUUCUCUGGGUAUAAAAGCAGCAGAUGCAAAGGAACUCAAGUUAAUUGCAUCUCAGCCUUCACUGAAGCAUGUGUUCAAUGUGGCUAAUUUUGAUGGAAUUGUGGAUAUACAGAAUGAAAUUAUCUUGCAAGUGUGCUCCGGUGUUGAUGAACAACUAGGUGAACUGGUUAGUGGAGAAGAAGUGGUGGAGCCUCCUUCAAAUCUGGUGGCCACUCAGAUCUCCUCAAAAUCUGUUAGGAUCACUUGGGAUCCAUCCACAAGCCAAAUAACUGGCUAUCGGCUGCAGUUCAUUCCAAUGAUAGCUGGUGGAAAACAACACGUACUGAGUGUGGGUCCUCAGACUACUGCUCUCAAUGUUAAAGAUCUCUCUCCAGACACAGAGUAUCAAAUUAAUGUUUAUGCAAUGAAAGGACUGACCCCCAGUGAGCCAAUAACGAUAAUGGAAAAAACACAACAAGUAAAAGUUCAAGUGGAAUGCUCACGGGGUGUGGAUGUAAAAGCUGAUGUUGUGUUUUUAGUGGAUGGUUCCUACAGCAUUGGUAUCGCCAAUUUUGUAAAAGUAAGAGCCUUUUUGGAAGUGUUAGUUAAAAGCUUUGAGAUAUCGCCUCGAAAAGUACAGAUAAGUCUUGUCCAGUACAGCAGAGAUCCCCAUAUGGAGUUUUCUUUGAACAGAUACAACAAAGUGGAAGACAUAAUUCAGGCUAUUAACACCUUCCCCUACAGAGGUGGAUCUACCAACACAGGCAAAGCAAUGACAUAUGUGAGGGAGAAGGUAUUUGUUACCAGCAAAGGAUCAAGACCAAAUGUGCCAAGAGUCAUGAUUCUUAUUACUGAUGGAAAAUCGUCAGAUGCUUUUAAAGAACCUGCAAUAAAGCUGAGGGACGCAGAUGUAGAAAUAUUUGCAGUUGGUGUGAAGGAUGCCGUGCGUACAGAGUUGGAAGCGAUUGCAUCACCUCCUGCUGAGACCCACGUUUACACGGUGGAAGAUUUUGAUGCUUUUCAAAGAAUAUCAUUUGAGCUUACACAGUCAGUCUGCCUACGAAUUGAGCAGGAACUGGCUGCUAUAAGGAGAAAAUCUUAUGUGCCUGCAAAGAACAUGGUCUUUUCUGACAUAACAUCUGACAGUUUCAAAGUGAGCUGGUCUCCAGCUGGAUCUGAGGUUUUGUCCUAUCUCAUUAAAUAUAAAGUAGCAGUUGGUGGAGAUGAAUUCAUUGUUUCAGUACCAGCUUCAAGUACUAGCUCAGUUCUCACCAAUUUACUGCCUGAAACUACUUAUGCAGUCAGUGUGAUUUCUGAAUAUGAAGAUGGUGAUGGCCCUCCCUUGGAUGGAGAAGAAACCACCUUAGAAGUUAAAGGUGCUCCUCGAAACUUAAGGAUAACAGAUGAAACUACUGAUAGCUUUGUAGUUGGCUGGACACCAGCUCCAGGAAAUGUCCUACGGUACAGGCUUGUUUAUAGACCCCUUACUGGAGGAGAAAGGAGACAAGUGACUGUAUCAGCAAAUGAUAGAUCAACUGUUCUGCAGAAUUUGAUCCAAGAUACAAGAUAUGAAGUGUCUGUUAUUCCCGAGUAUCAGUCUGGGCCUGGGAAUUCGUUGAAUGGAUAUGCAAAAACUGACGAAGUCCGAGGAAAUCCAAGAAACUUGAAAGUUUCUGAUGCUACAACAUCAACAAUGAAGCUGUCUUGGAGUGCUGCUCCAGGCAAAGUGCAGCAGUACUUUAUAACCUACACUCCAGUUGCAGGAGGUGAAACCAAGGAAGUGACUGUGAAAGGGGACACUACCUCUAAAGUGCUGAAAGGCUUGGACCAAGCCACUAGGUAUGCAUUGACUGUGUCCGCCUUGUAUGCCUCUGGAGCAGGAGACGCCCUUUCUGGAGAGGGAGAAACACUUGAAGAACGUGGUUCACCACGUAAUUUGGUUACCACAGACAUAACUGACACUACAGUUGGGUUAUCAUGGACACCAGCUCCAGGAACAGUUAACCAUUAUAGGAUAGUAUGGAAAUCACUUUAUGAUGAUACAAUGGCAGAGAAGAGAGUCCCUGGAAAUACAGUGGAUGCUGUGAUAGAGGGCUUGGAGCCAGAGACUAAAUACAGGAUUUCAGUAUAUGCAGCCUACAGCAGUGGAGAAGGAGACCCAGUUGAAGGAGAGGCUUUUACUGAUGUGUCACCAGAUGCCAGGACUGUGACAGUAGACAACGAGACAGAAAAUACAAUGAGAGUUUCAUGGCAGCCUUCACCUGGCAAGGUCUUGUCUUAUCGUGUGUAUUACCGACCACGCAGUGGAGGAAGACAGAUGUUUGGAAGAGUAAAUGCUCCUGCUACAAGCAUAGUGUUAAAGCGGCUUAAGCCACGAACUACAUAUGACUUAAGUGUUGUUCCAAUUUAUGAUUUUGGACAAGGAAAAUCAAGAAAAGCAGAAGGAACAACAGCCUCUCCCUUUAAGCCACCUCGAAAUCUGAGAACUUCUGAUUCAACUAUGUCAAGUUUCCGAGUAACGUGGGAGCCAGCACCAGGGCGAGUGAAGGGGUACAAAGUAACUUUCCACCCUACUGAAGAUGAUGGGAGUCUUGGAGAAUUAAUAGUGGGGCCAUACGACAGCACAGUGGUGUUGGAGGAGCUUAGGGCAGGAACUACAUAUAAGGUAAAUGUUUUUGGGAUGUUUGAAGGAGGAGAGAGCAACCCCCUGAUUGGACAAGAGAUGACCACUCUUUCGGAUACUACUUCGGAGCCAUUUUUAUCUAGAGGUUUAGAAUGUAGAACCAGAGCAGAAGCUGAUAUUGUGCUGCUGGUGGAUGGCUCAUGGAGUAUUGGGCGGCCAAAUUUUAAAACCAUCAGGAACUUCAUUGCCCGUAUUGUUGAAGUUUUUGAUAUUGGUCCUGACAAAGUACAGAUUGGUCUUUCACAGUAUAGUGGUGAUCCCAGGACAGAAUGGAAUCUCAAUGCUUACCGAACCAAACAGUCUUUAUUAGAGGCUGUAGCCAACUUACCAUACAAAGGAGGCAAUACUCUAACAGGAAUGGCGUUGGAUUUCAUCUUAAAAAACAACUUCAAGCAAAAUGCAGGCUUAAGGCCCAGAGCUCGCAAAAUUGGUGUUCUCAUCACUGAUGGCAAAUCACAGGAUGAUGUAGUCACCCCUUCAAGAAAACUCAGAGAUGAGGGAGUGGAACUGUAUGCAAUUGGUAUUAAAAAUGCAGAUGAAAAUGAACUGAAGCAGAUUGCAACAGAUCCAGAUGACAUCCAUGCUUACAACGUUGCAGAUUUCUCCUUCCUGGCUAACAUUGUUGAUGAUGUAACCACGAAUCUGUGUAACAGUGUGAAAGGUCCAGGUGAUUUGCCACCUCCCUCUAACCUAGUCAUUUCAGAGGUGACGCCUCGUUCUUUCAGACUGAGAUGGAGUCCACCUCCUGAGAGUGUUGAUAGAUACAGAGUUGAAUAUUACCCUACCUCUGGAGGUAGUCCUAAACAGUUUUAUGUGAGUAGGAUGGAAACAACAACAGUUCUGAAAGAUCUGCAACCUGAAACAGAAUAUGUUGUUAAUGUGUUCUCUGUGGUAGAAGAUGAAAGCAGUGAACCUCUGAUCGGCAGGGAAACAACUUUGCCAAUCUCUUCAGUUAGAAACUUGAAUGUUUAUGAUAUUGGAUCAACCUACAUGCGAGUGAGGUGGGAACCUCUCAAUGGAGCUACUGGUUAUUUGUUAACAUAUGAACCUGUGAAUGCCACAGUCCCAGCCACAGAGAAAGAGAUGCGUGUUGGACCAUCAGUGAAUGAGGUGCAGCUGGUAGAUCUCAUCCCCAACACUGAGUACACUUUAAUAGCUUACGUAUUGUUUGGUGAUAUCACCAGUGACCCACUCACCACCCAGGAAGUGACGUUACCUUUGCCUGGACCCAGAGGCUUAACAAUUCAGGAUGUUACUCACAGCAGCAUGAAUGUCCGUUGGGAUGCUGCCCCAGGGAAAGUUCAAAAAUACAUCCUAAGAUACAAAAUAGCUGAUGACCCUGAUGUAAAGGAGGUGGAAAUCGACAGACUCAAAACCAGCACUACUCUCUCUGACCUUUCCUCCCAAACAGUGUACAAUGUACACCUUGUUGCUGUGUAUGAUGAAGGAGAAUCCCUGCCAACAAAAGCAGAAGCUGUCACUCAGCCUGUGCCAGCACCAGUCAAUCUCAGAAUCACGGAUGUAACCACAAAUAGUUUUAGAGGUACUUGGGAUCAUGGAGCUCCAGAUGUCUCUCUAUAUAGAAUAACCUGGGGACCCUAUGGAAGAUCAGAAAAACAGGAGACAAUCUUAAAUGGGGAUGACAAUAGUUUGGUUUUUGAAAAUUUGAAUCCAGACACAUUAUAUGAUAUCUCAGUUACUGCCAUCUAUCCUGAUGAAUCAGAAAGUGAUGAGCUCAUUGGCAGUGAACGGACAUUACCCUUGGUACCUAUCACAACACAAGCCCCAAAGAGUGGCCCAAGAAACCUUCAGGUGUACAAUGCAACUUCACAUAGUUUGACUGUGAAAUGGGAUCCUGCCAGUGGUCGAGUGCAGAGAUACAGGAUCAUUUACCAGCCUAUCAGUGGGGAUGGCCCUGAACAGUCGACUAUGGUUGGAGGGCGGCAGAACAGUGUAGUGAUACAGAAGCUGCAGCCUGACACGCCAUAUGCUAUUACUGUGUCAUCAAUGUAUGCAGAUGGUGAAGGGGGACGAAUUACAGGACGAGGCAGAACCAAACCUCUCACUACUGUGAAGAACUUGCUAGUUUAUGACCCAACCACCAGUACUCUGAAUGUUCGAUGGGAUCAUGCAGAAGGAAGUCCUCGCCAGUAUAAAGUGUUUUAUGGACCUACAACUGGAGGUGCAGAAGAAAUGACCACAGUACCAGGAAACACAAACUAUGUCAUCCUAAGGACUCUCGAACCCAACACACCUUACACUGUAACUGUGGUUCCAGUUUUCCCAGAGGGGGAUGGUGGACGUGUCUCUGACACUGGAAGAACUUUGGAGAGAGGAACACCAAGAAAUGUUCACGUUUACAAUCCCACACCAAACAGCAUGAAUGUCCGUUGGGAACCUGCUCCAGGUCCAGUACAGCAAUAUAGAAUUAAUUACGCUCCACUGACUGGCCCAAGGCCAUCAGAAUCUAUUGUGGUACCGGGCAGCACUCGUGAUGUCAUUCUGGAGCGCUUGACUCCUGACACUGCUUACUCAAUAAAUGUUAUAGCUCUUUAUGCAGACGGAGAGGGAAAUCCAAGCCAAGCACAGGGAAGAACAUUGCCUCGCAGUGGUCCAAGGAAUGUGAGAGUGUUCGAUGAGACUACAAACAGCCUUUCUGUACAGUGGGAUCAUGCUGAUGGGCCAGUUCAGCAAUACAGAAUCAUUUAUUCACCCACUGUGGGAGACCCUAUCGAUGAAUAUACAACAGUUCCUGGGAUAAGAAAUAAUGUGAUACUACAACCACUACAGUCAGAUACACCAUACAAAAUUACUGUUGUUGCUGUGUACGAAGAUGGAGAUGGUGGACAACUGACUGGAAAUGGCAGAACUGUUGGUCUGCUUCCUCCUCAAAAUAUGUAUAUAACUGAUGAAUGGUAUACACGAUUCAGAGUUUCCUGGGAUCCUUCACCAUCCCCUGUUCUUGGCUAUAAAAUUGUAUACAAACCUGUGGGUUCGAAUGAGCCCAUGGAGGUUUUUGUGGGAGAAGUGACUUCCUACACCUUGCAUAAUCUGUCUCCUAGUACUACUUAUGAUGUGAAUGUUUAUGCCCAGUAUGAUUCUGGAAUGAGUAUACCUCUGACAGAUCAAGGCACUACAUUAUAUUUGAAUGUCACUGACCUAACAAGUUACAAAGUGGGUUGGGAUACUUUCUGUAUCCGAUGGUCACCUCAUCGGUCAGCAACUUCCUACAGGCUGAAGCUAAACCCAGCUGAUGGUUCCAGAGGAAAGGAAAUCACAGUACGUGGAUCAGAAACGAGCCACUGUUUUACUGGCCUCUCACCAGACACAGAAUACAAUGCCACUGUCUUUGUUCAGACUCCUAACCUUGAGGGUCCUCCAGUCUCUAUGAGGGAGCAUACAGUCCUCAAACCUACAGAGGCACCAACUCCACCACCUACACCUCCUCCACCUCCCACAAUCCCUCCAGCUCGGGAUGUAUGCAGAGGUGCCAAAGCAGACAUAGUGUUCUUGACUGAUGCUUCCUGGAGUAUUGGUGAUGAUAACUUCAACAAAGUAGUGAAAUUUGUUUUUAAUACAGUAGGAGCCUUUGACUUGAUUAAUCCUGCUGGAAUCCAGGUUUCAUUUGUGCAAUACAGUGAUGAGGCAAAAUCUGAAUUUAAACUGAAUACAUUUGAUGACAAAGCCCAGGCCCUGGGUGCUCUUCAAAAUAUUCAGUACAGAGGAGGAAACACAAGGACAGGCAAAGCCCUAACAUUUAUCAAAGAAAAGGUUUUGACUUGGGAGAGUGGCAUGAGGCGAGGUGUUCCCAAGGUACUGGUUGUUGUCACAGAUGGUCGGUCUCAGGAUGAGGUGAGGAAAGCAGCGACGGUCAUUCAGCACUCUGGCUUCAGUGUCUUUGUGGUUGGUGUGGCUGAUGUAGAUUACAAUGAGCUGGCCAAGAUUGCCAGCAAGCCCAGUGAGCGUCAUGUAUUUAUUGUUGAUGACUUCGAUGCCUUUGAAAAGAUUCAAGAUAACCUUGUCACCUUUGUGUGUGAGACAGCUACCUCAACUUGUCCCCUUAUUUACUUGGAGGGAUACACUUCACCUGGUUUCAAGAUGCUGGAAUCAUAUAAUCUAACGGAGAAGCAUUUUGCUUCCGUACAAGGCGUAUCACUGGAAUCAGGCUCUUUCCCAAGCUAUGUAGCAUAUAGACUCCACAAAAAUGCCUUUGUCAGCCAACCAAUACGAGAGAUUCACCCAGAGGGAUUGCCGCAGGCAUACACUAUCAUUCUGUUAUUCCGUCUCCUGCCCGAAUCCCCCAAUGAGCCUUUUUCAAUUUGGCAGAUUACAGACAGAGAUUACAAACCUCAAGUUGGAGUUGUACUUGAUCCUGGCAACAAAGUGCUGUCAUUCUUUAACAAGGAUACACGGGGAGAGGUUCAAACUGUAACUUUUGAUAAUGAUGAAAUAAAGAAAAUCUUUUACGGAAGCUUCCAUAAGGUCCAUAUUGUUGUAACUUCAUCAAAUGUUAAGAUUUACAUUGACUGCAGUGAAAUACUGGAAAAACCAAUUAAGGAGGCUGGGAACAUCACAACUGAUGGCUAUGAAAUACUUGGGAAACUUCUAAAAGGCGACCGAAGAUCAGCAACAUUAGAAAUCCAGAAUUUUGACAUUGUAUGCAGUCCAGUAUGGACUAGCAGAGACAGAUGCUGUGAUCUUCCCUCAAUGAGAGAUGAAGCAAAGUGCCCAGCUCUUCCAAAUGCUUGUACCUGUACUCAAGACAGUGUGGGACCUCCAGGACCUCCUGGACCAGCUGGUGGUCCAGGUGCUAAAGGUCCCAGAGGUGAAAGGGGUUUGACUGGCUCAUCUGGCCCUCCUGGUCCUCGUGGUGAGACAGGUCCUCCUGGCCCUCAAGGUCCGCCAGGUCCGCAGGGACCCAAUGGGCUGUCAAUCCCAGGUGAACCGGGUCGUCAAGGAAUAAAAGGUGAUGCUGGCCAACCUGGACUACCAGGGCGAUCGGGAACUCCAGGUUUACCUGGUCCACCUGGCCCAGUGGGUCCUCCAGGAGAAAGGGGUUUCACAGGAAAAGAUGGUCCCACAGGUCCAAGAGGCCCACCAGGACCAGCGGGUGCCCCAGGAGUUCCAGGAGUUGCUGGCCCGAGUGGAAAACCAGGGAAACCAGGAGAUCGUGGGGCACCAGGUGCACCUGGAAUGAAGGGAGAAAAAGGCGACAGAGGUGACAUUGCUUCUCAGAACAUGAUGCGAGCAGUUGCAAGACAAGUCUGUGAACAACUGAUAAAUGGUCAAAUGAGCCGGUUCAAUCAAAUGCUGAAUCAAAUUCCGAAUGAUUAUUAUUCAAACCGUAACCAGCCAGGGCCACCAGGUCCACCUGGUCCCCCAGGAGCUGCUGGGACAAGAGGAGAGCCUGGACCUGGAGGAAGACCAGGAUUCCCAGGACCUCCUGGGGUCCAAGGUCCACCCGGCGAAAGAGGAAUGCCUGGGGAGAAAGGUGAAAGAGGGACUGGAUCUCAAGGACCAAGAGGUUUGCCGGGACCACCUGGUCCACAAGGAGAAUCUAGAACUGGUCCACCAGGCUCCACAGGAUCACGAGGACCACCAGGGCCACCAGGUCGUCCUGGAAAUGCGGGUAUUCGAGGUCCCCCAGGGCCACCAGGAUAUUGUGAUUCAUCCCAGUGUGCUAGCAUUCCUUACAAUGGCCAAGGAUUCCCAGGUUUCGGCUAACACAUUUUCUAAGUCGCCAGUGCUGCUUACAGUUUGAAUACAUGAAAGUCCUGUUUCUGAGAUGUUUGCGCACGUGCUUAUUAGGAAAUGAGUCUGUAUGGAUAUUUCACCAUGGAUAUGGUUUUUGAACCAUGUUGACCUCAUAGAACGGGGAGAUACUUUUACUAACACAACUUGUGAAUGAGAUAAAGGACAGUGAUGUCAAUUCAUUAAGCCUAUUGCAUUUCAACAAUAAAACAGACAGUCUUUCUUUUUUAAAAAAGACCUAGACCAUCAAAAGCCUCAGUGGCGAAGGAGGCUUGUAAAACUACUAACCAGUAAAGGUAAUGCCAUUAGUAGAGAGACGGAUUUAACCUGGAAAAUGAGAAAUAACUUAUGUAAAUAGUAAACUAAUUGUGGCUUGUAAAUGAUUUGUAUGGGACUGUAUCCACUAAAAUCUGUUAACAACCCUACAUGAUACUUUUGCAUAAAAGCCUGCUGCUGCUUGCUAUAGGCCGGAAUAACAUCUUUGACAACUUAUGAAACCUACCUGUCUGUUGCUUGUUACCAACAUGUCUGAAUCGGGGCAUGUGCCUUUUCUCAUGUGUAAUCUUGUUGGAUCUGUAACUGCAGUUAUAAAUAUCAAAGUUUUAUAAUUAUUUUUCUUCUGUUUUGCUGUAGUUUUUGGUGUUCCUGAAGCACCAGCUGUAACUCGGUAUGUUACGAGGAACAGCACGAGAAAAUGACAUGUACUGUAUAUUGCCGCUGGUGAUAGUUAUGUCUACAAUUACUUUCCCAUUCUCAGAGAAAAUUAGUAUAUGCCAAACCCAUCUCUUCAUUUUACCUGCUCCAUGUCUUCUACUAAUUACGCAGUUUAAAAUGAAGUCCAGUGCUUGGAUUUACUAAAGUAGCUGUAAAAUAAUAAUUUUAUUUUAUUUGCUCUGGUUUUGUUUUGUUUUUAAUAAUUUUACCAUAAUUUGUCCCUUGCGUAAUUUAAGACUCUUUCUGCAAUGUUUUAUGUAUUAUAAAUAUGAAGCCUUUCAAGUUGAAUUUUAAACCUUUUAUUAUUUUACUACCAAAAAGCAUUCAUCAGCAAAACUGAAAAAUACCCCCAGUGAACUACUAAUUUAUGUAUUUAUUAUAUGAAAAUAAGAUUGAACUAACAUUAUGUAUAAAAACUAACUUUCAUUGCAUAUGUGGAUUCAAAGACAUGCGAUAACUAUUAUGUUCAAUCGGACAACUAUUUUCAACCAGAACCAUACGUGCCUGAAAGUGGACCCUAUCAACCUGAAGGUGAACCCUUUAUAGUACCUAUGGAGUCAGAAAGGAGAGAGGACGAGUAUGAGGACUAUGGAGUUGAAAUGCAUUCACCAGAAUACCCUGAGCACAUGCGCUGGAAAAGAUCACUGUCAGGAAAAGCAAAAACAAAACCAUAAAAGAUCUGUGUCUUGUUUUGGUUUUUUUGGUUGGUGGUUUUUUGGAUUUUUUUUGCUGUACUUGCAUUUGCAGAUACAUGCAGGGAGAGUGCAUCAUUCCUUUUGCAAUAUAUCUUUCUGGUCUUUUCAUAUCAGAUGCAACCCUGUUUUGUAUCUUGCUUAUGUGGUGAUAGCAAUGUGUGUACCUAGAGACUUCAUGUUGCUCUGGAAAUGCUUGUAAAAUACUGUUGCUUGUAGUGGCUGCAUACAGAUUAAUGUGUGCAUUCAGUUAUAUCAGUUCUGCCUUUUCAUUAAAAUAAUGUAAAAACAAAUAAAUAAAAAAAAAUGAAAACCAAAAAACCAAACCAAAAAUAACCACAGAGCUGCUGCAAAUUUUCUAAGGACUGUCUGCUUUAGCUCUGCAUUUUUCUUUUUUUUUCAAAUGCAUGUUUUCAGUUCAGUCAGAUCACAGGUUUGCAUUAUCUAGUUAAAAAAGAAACAAUAAUUUCCCUCUCCUUCCGAUAUCAUUGUCAUUUUCUUCUAUUCUGAAUUACAAUCUGCAGAGCAUAUACUGCUCUUAUACAUCUCCUCUAAACACCACAAACAUUAAGUAGCUGAAAUCAUUGUAUCAACUGGAUACAGUUUAAUAAUGCCUGAAAUCUCCUUGUUUGUAGACACAGUUACAUUUAUGCCAAAUUGCAGUCAAUCCUGCAGAGAUGGAAUUGCAUGUUUAUGUUGUAUAUUUAGUAUGGAUUUUUUUCAGAAUACAGUGUUUCUUAGUUAUCAAAAGCAGUUGGAAAUCAUUUGCAAGACUAUGGAUAUAGAAUUGCUGCUUUUAUAUUUUAACUGCACAUUGUGAAUUUCACUGCCUUAUAUUAUUUAUUUCUGAAAUGAAAGAGGCAUUUUUCAAUAAAACUACUGAAAAUUUA